UCCUACCAAAUGCAGGCUGUGCAGGUGAAAAGUUAAAGCAGAAUCUGAAGUCCAUUUUUGUUGACCCUACCUUUUGAGAUAACAUACUUCUUCGAUAUACUGGAUUUUUUUGAAACAGAAACAAGUUUUCACUAUUGGAAUUUAUAUGCAAAAGCAGAUGCGAUUUACUGGGUGUUCUAGCUUUCAUUUAAUAUUUGAUAAAUGCUGAACACUUGAGUUAACUAAAAUUGAUGUGUCUGCCUCUAUUGUCUGAAAGAUGCAAAGUCCAGUUCUUGUUCUGUUAGCAUCUUAAGAGAAGAGUAAUUUAAGUAUCACAUGCAGAGUCAACCCAAAGGAUAUGGAAUAACUGGGAGUAAACUGGAAGCAAGCAGCCACAAGAUGAAACAGCACCAGCAAAUGAGGCAGCCACACAGACAGUAGAGAAAAAGAAAUUGGAAAGCUAGUGUGCAGAAUGCAUUUCUAAUAGAAAAAGCUUCCUACCUGGGGAGCCAGUCUCAGUAUUUGGAGAGACUGCAUCCACAAAUUAUCGAUCAUCUGCUAGGCUAUCUUCAAAUUACAGAUGAAGAACCUAGAGCAAAUUAAAAGACACUGAUGUUAAUUCACCAAAAAAAAAAAGAAUGGAAGACAAGUUACACAGCAACUUGACCAUCACCAAUGGUUCAACUUCUAGCCAAAAACAACAUGAAGGCCAUAGUCUUUGGGAAGUAAUCACCAUUGCUACUGUAACGGCCAUUUUAAGUUUGAUAACCAUUGUAGGAAAUGUUCUGGUAAUGAUAUCAUUCAAAGUCAACAGCCAGCUCAAAACAGUGAACAAUUACUAUUUACUCAGUCUUGCCUGUGCAGACCUUAUUAUUGGAAUAUUUUCUAUGAAUCUUUAUACAUCAUACAUAUUAAUAGGGCACUGGUCUCUUGGAAUUUUGGCAUGUGAUUUAUGGUUAGCACUCGAUUAUGUAGCUAGUAAUGCUUCAGUAAUGAAUUUGUUAGUUAUCAGUUUUGACAGAUACUUUUCUAUUACACGUCCUUUAACCUAUAGGGCUAAACGCACACCCAAAAGAGCUGGGAUUAUGAUUGGUUUGGCUUGGCUAAUUUCUUUUAUUCUGUGGGCACCUGUAAUCUUAUGCUGGCAGUAUCUUGUAGGGGAGCGAACUGUCCCACCUGGAGAAUGUCAAAUACAAUUUUUGUAUGAGCCUAUUGUUACCUUUGGUACCGCAAUUGCUGCUUUCUAUAUCCCAGUUUCAGUGAUGACUAUUUUAUAUUGCCGCAUUUACAAAGAGACUGAAAAACGAACCAAGGACUUAGCUGAGCUUCAGGGCUCCAGCUCUGUGACUGAGUUUGAAACGAUAAAGCCUCAGAAAACACUGCUGAAAUCUUGCUUUAGCUGCAGACAACAAAAUUUGACCAAAAGAGACCAAUCUCAGGCUUCGUGGUCUUCAUCCAGUCGAAGUACUUCUGCCACAGCAAAAGCAUCUCAGAUUCAAAACACCUGCCAAGAUUGGUCUAGGGCAGAGCAGCUGACCACUUGCAGCAGCUAUGCCUCAUCUGAAGAAGAGGAAAAAUGUCCUCCUGAUCCAGUCUUUCAAGUAGCUUAUAAGACCCCUGUAAAAGGGAUGGUUGAUGAGCAAAAAGUAGAGAAAAAGGAAGCUUUUAUCAAAGACCAACAUAAGGAGAAUGACUAUGACACCCAGAAAUAUUUUUUAACCCCAACCAAAAGUCAGGUGCAAAAAAGUAAUAAAUGUGUAGCUUAUAAAUUCCGGUUGGUGGUUAAAGCUGGUGGUGCACCAGAAACUAACAAUGGCUGCCGAAAAGUCAAAAUCACUCCUUGUUCUGCCAGUUUAUCCAAAGACGCUUCCAUCAAAAAUAUGGAUCCUAAUCUAAGUAAUCAAAUUACUAAAAGGAAAAGAAUGGUUCUUAUAAAAGAACGUAAAGCAGCCCAGACUCUAAGUGCCAUUCUUCUAGCUUUUAUAAUUACCUGGACCCCCUACAACAUAAUGGUAUUGGUUUCCACAUUCUGUUCAGAUUGCAUUCCUCCAACACUGUGGCAUCUUGGCUAUUGGUUGUGCUAUGUAAAUAGUACUGUGAACCCAAUUUGUUAUGCCUUGUGUAACAAAACAUUCAGAAAAACCUUUAAGUUGUUGCUCUUCUGUCAAUGGAAGAAGAAAAAAAUGGAAGAAAAAUUAUAUUGGCAGGGUAAUACAAAGCUGCCUUAAGUUAAAAUGAAGUAGCUGAAACACAAUAAUCUUGGCCAGAGAGUGUAUAUUAGUUGCAGGUCUUUAUUUGUAAAGUUGUUGUUUUGUGUGUUUGGAAGCAAAAGAAGCAACAUUUCUACGAUUUAUGAUAUGAAGGAAGCGGUCACAAUGUUGAACAUUUCUGUAAUUGGAAUAAUUCAAAGGAGCAUUUUGAGUGUUAUUAGGACAUUUGGUCCUGCACUUCUGCUCAAUAAUGGCAGGACAUAGGACCUUAAUAAUUGGUGAUUGAACAGAUCCAUAAAUGUAUUUGGUUCACAUUCUUGCAGAGUAACAUUAUGCCUUCUUAAAUAUUUUUCCAGUACUUUUUCAAGUUAAAUUGUAGAUCUGCAAUAUACUGAAGUUAGCACUGUUCACUUUGCAAAAUUAUCUACUAACUGAAUGAAUACAAAGGGAAUGCAUAUAUCUGUAGCCCAUGAUAAAUGAUUGAAAUUGUUUUUGGGAAGGCAAAAAUGUUCCUGAUGUCAGCUUGACUUAUGAACAAUGACUGAAUUUGAAUUCAUCUUUUUUUUUUAAUUGGGGCUAGAUGUGACUUGUAAGGGGAAAGGUCAUUUAUAAAGAGCAUAUUGGAAUAGAAUGAUUAUUUAAAUAUUUAAAAUUGCUGUAGUGAGAGCUACAUAUAAAGCUUAUAUCAAACACUAGCAUUUCAUAUUUUAUAUCCACAGUUUUACAAACAUUUGCAUGAAAUAGUUUUGGGUCAUAUUCCUCUUUGAAUGUUAUAAAUUGUACAAUGAGACAUGAAUAGUAUUAUAGCAUUUUAAAGAGAGAGAAGAAUAUGUAAAACAUCUACCUCUCUUUGUUUAGAUGUUUAGUGGCAAUAUUCAAAUCCCUAAUCCCCACAGUAAAAGUAAUUAAAUCCAUUGGGCAACUGUUACAACUUGUCAAAGAUUCUAUCCCUUCAGCCUGAAUAGGAAUUAUAAUUUAUAUAAGAAUGUAUAUUUAAUACAUAAUUGUUUCAGCAAAAAAUGUGAAUCUUUUAAAACAAAGACAGGUAAUUAGAAUAAUUUUUGAAUAGCAGAGUCUGUAUUAAAAUCAGCUACCAUAAU